AUGUCAGGCCCUACUGUGCCUCCUGUUCCGCUUUCUUUUAUUGACGCGGUGUACGUCUCUAAAGUUGAAUGCCCUCUCCAUGACCACUACAUCAAUCCUCCGCAAAUAUGGUUUUCCUCCGGGGAAAGCCCUGUCUGGUCUUCAACGGGAAGCCCAACCAAAUUCACGCCUGUCGCCGUCUACAGAAACACCACCUUUCGUGUAGUACUCAUGGCAGCGUCUUUGGCACCCAUCAAAGCCCUCACGCCUCCUCUGACGCUUGUAGGGAAGUCAGGAGAAUGGACAGUCUUCAAUUCAGAAAAGAAACAAACGGUUGAAGACUUAGUUAAUGAUCUUGUUGUGGAUCAACCCAGCGUCAGUGGCACAGCCAAGCCUUUACCAUGGGGACUCAGUUCAAACGUCACCUGGAUACUGAGCGGAAACGACCCAAAGCAGCCUACCUAUACAUGCGAAAUUGAAGCUGAAGUCCACGUUUUCCCACCUAAUCUCCCUAAUUAUGUUGUUCGAGGUGGAAUCCCUGUGCGGCUUAUGUCGCUCAAAGCUUUGUGGCCCAGCUGGAUGAAUAGUGCAGCUACCGAUUGGGCUGCAUUUGUGGUUAACGCAAUAUUCAAUGACCCACUCCUGGAGUACGAGACAUGGAGCGGGUCUUCCAAGUACACAAGCGGAAUUAUUACAGGCCUCGCAUCAGAUCUUGCUAAUGACAGGGGCCUGGGGCUAUGGCUUGAUCUUUGGCUCACUGAUAUGCUGGAUCUCAAUAUGGUCAAGACACAGAUGAACUGCUAUGAUCUGGCAUGUCUUGUGCAAGUCUUGGUCUCUCUCGGUACCGACGCAGUGACUGGGAAGGGUCCGCGCGAAAUUCAUGAAGCCGUAUGGAUAUAUCAAAGACACCAAGCUCAUUGGGAGGAUUGA